AUGGCGGCGGCGGCGCCGGGCCCGGGCCCGGCCGAGGCUCCCGCGGCCGCUCCGGAGCUCAAGAGCCGCUUCCGCACCCGUGAGGGCUCGUACCGCCUGCUGGGCCCCGCCACCGGGCCCGCCCCGGCCGGGCCCGCCCCGCCAGGCCCCGGCGCGCUGCCGCCGGUCCGGCUCUCCGUGGUGCGGCUGGCGCGGAGCCGGAGCCCGCCCGGAGGGGCCGCCGAGCGCAGCCGAGUUUGCUGCAACCUCGGCCGGGAGCUGCAUUUCUACGGAGGGGCUGGAAGCGGGGGACGAGGCAGCCGCAGGUCCCUGGACCUGCAGCGCCCCAUCGACAAGCGCGUGUACAAGGGCACCCAGCCCACCUGCCACGACUUCAACCAGUUCACGGCGGGCCCCGAGACGCUGGCGCUGCUCGUCGGCUUCUCGGCCGGACAGGUGCAGUACCUGGACCUGGCCAAGAAGGACAGCGCUGGCCGGCUCUUCAACGAGGAGCGCCUGAUCGACAAGUCCAAGGUGACCUUGGUGCGGUGGCUGCCGGACACCGAGCGCCUCUUCCUGGCCUCCCACGCCAGCGGCCACCUGUACCUGUACGACUCGGAGCAGCCCUGCGGGGCCACCAGCCCGCAGUACACGCUGGUCACGCAGGGCGAGGGCUUCAGGGUCUUCUCGUGCAAGAGCAAAACCCCUCGGAACCCGCUGCUGAAGUGGGCGGUGGGCUCGGGACCCCUGAACGAGUUCGCCUUCUCGCCCGACGGGCGCUGGCUGGCGUGCGUGAGCCAGGACGGCGUGCUCAGGGUGUUCCACUUCGCCUCCAUGCUGCUGCAGGGCAUGAUGAGGAGUUACUUCGGGGGGCUCCUCUGCGUCUGCUGGAGCCCCGACGGUCGUUACGUGGUCACCGGGGGCGAGGAUGACCUGGUCACCGUGUGGUCAUUCGCCGAGGGUCGAGUGGUGGCUCGGGGUCACGGCCACAAGUCGUGGGUCAACGCGGUGGCGUUCGAUCCGUUCACUCCUCAGCACGAUGGGGAUGGGGAUGGGGAGGGGGAGACCCCUCAGGAGCCCCCCCAAAGUGUCACCUACCGCUUCGGCUCGGCCGGCCAGGACACGCAGUUCUGCCUGUGGGACCUCACCGAGGACGUGCUGGACCCCCGGCCGCCCCCUCCCCGCCCCCGAGACCCCCCUCCCUCCAUCCCCUCCAUCCCGGGGGGGUUACCCCGCUCCUUAUCCCGCUCCAACAGCCUCCCCCAACCGGGCGGGGGUCCCCAAAUCUCCCCCCGAGUCCCCCCGGCCCCGGCGCGUUUCGCCACGCUGACCCUGCGCGACCCCCGCGGGCCCCCCGAGAAGGAGCACAAGCGAUACCACAGCCUGGGCAACAUCAGCCGGGGAGGGGGCGGCUCCGAGAAACCUCCCGGGGGUCUCCCGGGGGUCUCCCGGGGCUCGCUGGACACGGCCAAGGUGUUGGGGACGUCGCUGUGCCCGCGGCUGCACGAGGUGCCGCUGCUCGAGCCGCUCGUGUGCAAGAAAAUCGCGCAGGAGAGGCUGACGGUGCUGCUGUUCCUGGAGGAUUGUAUCGUGACAGCGUGCCAGGAGGGGCUCAUCUGCACCUGGGCGCGGCCGGGGGUCUCUGGCCUGUCCUCGCAGAACGGCGGCUCCCCGAGUGGCACCGUGGUGUAGCUGUCACCUGUGUCACCUCCAGUGUCACCUCCCGCGGGUGUCACCUCUGUCACCUCCCGUGUCACCCGCGGGUGUCACCUCUGUCACCUCCCGUGUCACCCGCGGUGCCACCCCCGCACUACUGAGCCCCCCCCGGCGCUGUCCCCGCUGUCCCCGCGGGCGGUGCCACCGUGUCCCCGCUGUCCCCAGGGUGACAUUCCCCCCCCCGUGCCUUUGUCACUUUAUUGUCCCCGCGGGGCCACCGCGUGUCCCCCGCCCUUAUUUAUACUAAAGAGAAUUUUUGGCACCGGUGUGUC